AUGAACAUUGUGGGAAAAGUCAAUUUCAUGAUACCUUGGAACAUAAUUUGUGUUCACUUCCUGCUGUUUUCUUUAGAAGUACAUGCUAAUGUGUUGGUCUUCAUGGUUUAUGUGAAGUCCAUAGAAAUGGAUAAAGAGACUGAAAUUCAUUCUGCCUUCUUUUAUCUAACAGGAUCUGUCUGUGAAUUCUCUCUUUUGAAAAGAACUCCACGGAAUGACUUUAAUGCAAUUCGCCACAAAAGAGAUCUCUUAGCAGCUAAGACUGCAGAAGUUUCUUCUGGGGCUCGUGUUAAUGAGUCCUUUUCUCAGGAUCAAAAUUCAUCAAGAGGUUCUUGCUCUCAAGAAUGCCUUAAUGGAGCAGUUUGCACAGAGGCUGGAAUAUGUGACUGUGAGACAUUCCAGGCACAAGGUGAAAGAUGCCAAACUGUUCCAAAUGCUGGCAAAGACAGAGACGGUAUUUGUAAAUCAUGGGGACAGCAUCACUUUGAAACCUUUGAUGGCAUCUACUAUUACUUCCCAGGAAAUUGUUCAUAUAUUUUUGUGAAAGACUGCAGUGAUCCAGAGCCUCAAUAUACUGUAUGGAUUAAUAACAGCCCACAUUGUGUUGGUUCUGUGUACUCUUGCUUGCGGUCCAUCAGCCUGUUCUUUUUAAAUCAGGAUGAAAUAAUCAUAUUGGGACAUGAAGUAAGGAAAGGCAGAGGCAGGUUGAUGUUGCCCCAAACAAUUGGAAAUAUUUUUAUUGAACGAUUAGCAGACUACGUUCUGGUGAAAACUACCUUUGGCUUUUCUCUAGCCUGGGAUGGAAAUUCUGGGAUUUAUGUUAAAUUAACAGAAGAACACAAGGGGAAAACAUGUGGUCUGUGUGGAAACUAUAAUAGUGAUAUGUCAGAUGAUCUCAUACUACAAAAUAGUGACUAUAAAGAAGAUAUUGCUAAAUUUGCCAACAGUUGGUCUGUGCAAACUCCAGAUGAUGCUACUUGUGUACCUACUGCCUCUGAUUUUCCCAGUCCAUGCUCUAUUGAUUCAGAGUCUUAUGAGAACAUCUAUGUCAAGUGCCAAAUACUCUUGCAGUUUCCCUUCCUCAGCUGCCACCAAAGCAUAGAUCCGUACCCCUAUAUUUCCAGCUGUAUGAAUGACCUUUGUCAAGAGGAUAAUGAUGAGACUUACUGCCGAGCUGUGACGGAAUAUGCUAGAUCAUGCUCACAUGCAGGUUACCCAGUACGAGAUUGGAGAGAUGACUUUCCAGAAUGUACUGAAAAGUGUGAAGAUAGUUUCAUCCACCGGGAUUGUAUUAGCUGCUGUCCACCAACCUGCACUUUUGACAAGGAUUGUCUUGGCAGUAACCUCCAUUGUUUAGAUGGAUGCUACUGUCCAGAUGGUCUCAUACUGGACAAUGGAACCUGUAUUUCUGUGUCAGAUUGCCCUUGUGUUUAUCAUGGGACAGCUUUUCCUGUGGGCUCAAAAAUUGAGCAAGAAUGUAGCAACUGCAUUUGUAUUGGUGGCAUUUGGAAUUGUUCUGAGCAUGAUUGCCCAGCUGAAUGUUCAAUCAUUGGUGAUUCUCAUUUCACAACUUUUGAUGGACGCCAUUACACCUUCCUUGGGAUUUGCCAGUAUAUUCUGGUAAAAGGCACUAGGGAAGACAAAUUCACAAUUACUUUACAAAAAACCCCUUGUGGUCAGAAUCUUGACCAUGCAUGCAUUCAGUCAAUAACAUUAGUUCUUGAAGAUGUAAACAAGCAAGUGACUCUGAAUCGGGGAGGUGAAGUUCAGUUUGGUUCUUCCAACCAGGGAUUUAACUUUAAUGGAUAUGUUGAAGUGCGGAACCUGUCUUCAUUGUUUGUGCAACUGAAAACUAAGUUUGGCUUAAGAAUUCAGUUUGCUAAAGAUGGAGAGAGAAUAUAUAUUCAACUCAGUUCUGGCUGGAAGAGAAGAACUCUGGGUCUGUGUGGAACUUAUAAUGGAAAUUUGAGAGAUGACUUUCUUUCUCCAGCAAGAAUGAUUGAAGGAACUCCGCAGCUUCACGCCAACGCAUGGAAGGUUUCUUCAGCAUGCCAUGUGCCCGUCAACGUCCCUGUGGUCGAUCCUUGUAACAUUAACCAACAGAAUGUUGGUUAUGCAGCCCAGUGUGAUGUAAUCAAUCAAGACCUCUUUGCUCCAUGUCAUGCCUACAUCAGUCCAGAAUUGUACUACCAACUGUGCCGCUUUGAUGCUUGUAAAUGUGGGAGCUCUUGUUUGUGCAAUGCGCUUGCACACUACGCCUAUGUAUGUCGCAAGCAUGGAAUUAUUGUUGACUUCAGAUCUCACGUCUCGUACUGUGCAUUAGUGUGUAGAAGUGGUAUGCAGUACGACCAGUGCUCUUCCUUCUGUGAGCGCUCCUGUUCUUCCUUGUCUUCUUUGGAUGUUUGUGAUCAUGACUGUGCAGAAGGGUGUAAUUGCCCAGAGGGGAAAUACUUUGAAGCAUCUAUCAACUUCUGUGUGCCAAUGUCUAGCUGCCGAUGUUAUUAUAAAGGCAGAAGUUUUCAGCCUGGGGAAAUGCUACCCACACCUUCAGGCUUAUGCCAUUGUCUGAAUGGAACAAUGAAAUGUACUGAAGCUGCUGCAGUUCCUGCAGUUCACACAUGCCCUGAAGAAAAAAUCUACUACGACUGCCGAUCUCAUGUACCUGGCUUGCCAUCAGCUGGAGUGAACUGUGAGCUAUCUUGUGCAAACCUUGCCAUGAACUUUACCUGUACACCAUUGCCACCAUGUGUGAGUGGUUGUGUCUGCCCCCCUGGGAUGGCAGAGCAUAAAGGAAAAUGCUAUGUCCCUGAUAGCUGUCCCUGUACAUGGAAAGAUUGGGAAUAUAUGUCAGGAGAAAUAAUAGCUACACCUUGUUAUACAUGUGUUUGUCGACGUGGGAUAUUUAAUUGCACUUAUUAUCCCUGUCCUGCUGUAUGUACAGUCUAUGGGGACAGACAUUAUUAUACCUUUGAUGGACUAGAGUACGAUUUUGUCAGUGACUGCCAGGUUUAUUUGGUAAAGAGUUCAGACAGUUCGAACAUAUCUAUAAUUAUUCAGAACAAGAAGUGCUUUGAUAAUGACAUCAUUUGCUCUAAGAGCGUCUUUAUCUCUGUUGGAGAUGCUGAGAUUUAUUUCAGUGGCCCUCUAGAUGUACAGGUAAGUUCUGUGAUACAUGAGAACAAAACCAAAUAUCAGCUUUGGAAGGCUGGGCACUAUACAGCAGUACACUUCCCAGAGCAGGAAAUUACUGUCCUGUGGGAUAGAAAGACAACAAUGCAUAUUAAAGUUGGAGCUCAAUGGAAGGGUAAAUUGGCCGGUUUGUGUGGGAAUUUUGAUAAAUUCACUUCAAAUGAUCUGACUACAUCCAACAACAUGGAAGUAAGAAAUGCUCAAAUUUUUGGAGAGAGUUGGGCAAUAGGACAGUGUGCAAGCCCAAAUGACACCAUAAAACCAUGUGAAGUACAUCAAAGCAAGUUCCCUUAUGCCAAAAAGGAAUGCUCAGUUUUGUACAGUGAUGUUUUUGCCCCAUGUCGCAAUGUGAUCGAUGUGACAUCCUUUGUCAAAAAUUGCCAUACAGACACAUGCAAUUGUAAUCUUGGUGGAGACUGUGAAUGUCUGUGCACAAGUAUUGCAGCUUAUGCUCACAAAUGCUGCCAGCAGGGUGCUGUAAUUCACUGGAGAUCUCCUUCCCUCUGUCCUUAUGACUGUGAUUAUUACAACCAAGGCCUUGGAGAAGGACCAUAUAUUUUGGCAAGCUACGGUCAGAAUGACACAGUUAUAGGGGUCAACUUCAAUAGCAGAAAGAUAUUCCCUUUGCCUAGAAUCAGUAUGAAUGGAAAUGUAUAUUUUAAUUUUAUGCUAACUCCAGGACUUUUUAAAGAUAAAAUAUUAUCUCCGUCUCUGGUUUCUCUUGAGUCUGCUGAAAGACCUAACUACUUUCUAUAUGUCCAUGACAAUGAAAGUGUUUGCUUAGAACAGUGGGAUACAAGUGCAUCAUUUCGUAGAAGAGCCACUUUCUUCCAUCAUCAGGGCCUUUGGAUCCCAGGUUACAGCACAUUUGAAUUGCACAGCAAGAAAGGCUUUUUCAUUAUACUCAGCACAACUGCUGUGAAAGUAUCAAAAUAUGAUGACUCUGAAGAAUUCAAACGUUCAAGCAGCUUCAGUAUAGAGGAGCUCCAUGCAGCAAUACCUUACAGGAGAAUGUGUGAGUGGAGAUAUGAACCUUGUUCAAGUCCUUGUGUUAAAACAUGCAGUGAUCCUGAAGGAAUAGCAUGUAGAUUUCUGCCACCAGUUGAGGGAUGCUUACCAUAUUGUCCUAAAGAUAUGAUUCUUGAUGAAGUCACACUUAAAUGUGUUUACCCAGAAGACUGCAUACCUAUAAAACCUACAGAAGCUGUUUCUGUCACCAAACAGCCAAGAACAGGGCCAACCACAGAAAUAUUUUCUCAGCUGUCUGCGAUGUUUGUUACUGAAGGGGCUGAGCCAACACACAUUAAUCUAACUGCCAAAGUGACAACGGAAGGCGUUACAACAUUAAAAGGAGCAAAUGCAACAGAAAAAUCACUUACAGAUUCAGCUGCAUCAAGCAUGUAUUUACCUGAUUUUCUACCAGUUCCCGAACAACCUUCUGAAGACAGCUACAGCACUACAAGCCCACCAGUGCUACUUAAACCUAUACCCCCAAUCUCUUCAAAAGUCCCGGCAGUUACCUUAAAAGAAACAUCAUAUAGUACAAUCCCUUCAUUCUCUAUCUCACUGCCUCCUUCAACUCUAGUUGUAUCAUCAUUCCCUGCUUUUCCUUCAAUAACCCCAGCAUCAACUAUGCCAUUAGAAUCUGCAACCGCUUUGGCUAUGUUAGCCACUCUACCCCUUGAACCAGACUUUGUUAAAAUCCCUACAAGCAUCUUAACUACCAGAAGUCUAGCAACAAGUCCCUCUCAGACAUCAAGGGCAGCCACACAUUCUUUAUUAACUGAAAGAACAUCUUUUUUAAGCCCCAUGUUAUUUACAGGUUCACCUUUAACACAAACAUUUUCUGCGACUUUAAGAAGUAGACCAACUGAGACUCUUCCUGUUAUUCAUCCAUUCUCUCUUUCGGAGCUAACUACAUCUGAGAGUCCCUUAUUUACUUCUAGAUUUACUACAUUUGCAACAAGUUCUCGUCAUAUUACCACUGCUUCAGAUAUGGUGACAAUACAACCUGCGUCACAAAUAUCAACUGGUACUUUAAUACCUACAUCUUCAUCUCUGAAAGCACUCUGGACACCUUCUGAACAUAUUGCACCCUUAAUUACAAAACAUGUUUCUGUUAUUGAAGAUAAAAUCAGGACAUCAUCUUCAGUUGUUGAACAGACGCCUACAUUCAUAUGGUCUUCACUGAGUCCCAAAGAGACAUACAUGCUGCCUACAUUAGUGCCUCCUCCAAUUACGACAGAAAGACCCGAUGCAACAGGAGAAGUCACAAUCGUCUCAAAGAGCUUUCAUAUAGAGCCUUCUACAGCAUCUCUUCCAGGCAUUUCCCAAACCUCUAAAACAUUAAGUAAGCAUACAUUGCAUACUGAUUCAUCUCCAGUAUCAGCUGUUCCUGGAAGUCCAGCAGAAUUUGCUAGAACUAGAAUUUUACCUAGUAGUACUUCAACAUUAUCUGUAACAGUUUCAUAUGAUACACCACAAACAACAUCUAAGGCAACUAUGCACUUGUUUGGUCCACAUACAGAAUUAAAAACUGCUUCUGGGAUAAAAAGUUCGGACACUCUCCCGACUUCUGUAGAGUUCCCAGAAACCUUAUCUGCUCUUACAAGUCCAUCUGGAUUGCUCACACUGCUAUCAACAACAAAAUCUUCUGUGUCUCCCUCAAAAACUUCUGAAAGUUUAUCAGCUAUUCCCACAAUUAGUGUGACGUCUGCUAUAAAACCAGCAGGCACUCGAAUACAAAUGCCAGUUGUAUCUCUUGGUAUACAUACCACCUCAAUAAGUCCAGCUUCACAUCCUACAUCUUUUCCUUCAGUUAUUCCUUUGAUAACUUCAAGCACAGGUAUCUCUGCAACAGAUACUGCAUCAUUACCUCCUCCUGAGAUCUCAAAUAUGACAAUGCAACCAUUAGGAACAAAAAGUUCCACUUUGGCCUCACCAGACAGUAGAACAUUAUCUUCGUUAUCAAGUGGACUGGACACUCAGUCUCUAGAAGCAGCACUGACAUUUUGGAAUACUACGCCAGCCUCACCUGACAUCACUGAAAAGUAUUCCCCUAGCUCCCCAAUACAUGUGUUAGUUUCCUCUGCCAGCAUAAUAGUUCCUAGCAAAACUGCACAAGUCACUGACCUCUCUUCCAUCCGUUUUGAACUUCAUACAACUACGACUUCACUCCCAGUUCCUGCUACCUCCCAAACACCUAUGUAUGCUCCAAGCUUUACUUUGUUUACACCUAAACCCUCCACAGAAGCCUUCAGAACUACAGCCGUAAAAAUGGAUGAAAUUACUGUAUCAGAUUGGGCAAAGCAAAAUAGAACCUCUGUUGGGAAAACUGCAUAUGUCUUGGAAAGUAAUCAAACCUCUGAAGUUAAAGAACACUUCACAGAGACUAAAUAUGUAAGCCCCAAAGAACCUUCACUACUUCCCUUGACAAUGUCUCCCAUCCAGAUGAUUCCAUCUAUAAGUGAAAGCAGCACAGCUUCAGUGAAACCAGUCUCUUUUUCCAAAGUGAUAGAUAUAACAUUAUCAGACUGGUCAAAAGUUCCACCACCAAAAUCAGUUAGACCUUACUACAAUGUGACUGAACCAGAGCAGGUGAAAAUCACCAGCUUGCAGAAUGUCACUACAGGGCCUUUGGGAACCCAAACAUCACAAGCUGAAACAGAAAUUAUGACAACAGAGAGUGUGGAACAUGCUUCAUUUGGCACGAUGAUACAUACCUUAAUAUCUGUGACAUCACCAGAAUGCAUGGUAGGGACACUUUUGCCUACGAGUUCUCAACAUGCUGUCUUGCCAGAUGCUGAUGUUUCAAUUUCCUCCCUGGAACAGCCAAGAUAUCUUGAUCCAGUGGACAGAUGUAGUCAAUACGUGUGCAUUAAUAUGGGAUGGAUGCUCUACAAUCUCUCGAGGAACUGCCAUAAAAAUGUGGAGAAACCUGACUGUGGUUUUCGAGGAAUGCCAGUCCAGGUUAACAGUGACAGCUGCUGUCCAGAAUGGGAAUGCCCUUGUCAAUGCUCUGUCCUGUCUGAAUUGAGUAUUAUUACAUUUGACGGAAAUAACGUAGCGCUAUAUAAAGUAGCAUCCUACAUUUUAGUCAAGCUACCCUCAGAAAUUAUUGUGGCUCAUAUUGAAAAAUGUCCCACUAACCAGAGUGCCAAUUCAAUAAGAAAACUAGUUCCACCUGGAAGUGCUUCUGGCCUCUGUUUUAAGAAACUUAAUGUAACAACGUCUUCAAAUGCAGUGCUCAUCAACCGUUUAGCAAGAAAGGUAGUUGUGGAUUCAGUGAUUCAGCCUUUGCCUUUCUCUAAACAUGGGUUAUGCAUUCAAGAUACAGGUGCUAUGUAUGUCAUUAACACACCAGCUGGGAUCAACAUUAAGUGGGCUCAUGUUACAGGCAUUAUAGAUAUUCAGUAUGGCUUUCACUCUAACACCACCGUCAAGACUGAAGGACUUUGUGGUGUUUGCAAUGGUGACCCAGUUGAUGACCUGAAAAUGCAAAAUAGAACAAUAAUUACAAAUAUGGAGGAAAUCGAGGCAUUUAUUAAAAGCUGGGAAAUUGAGAAAUCUGUUGAUGUGACAACCAGGAGACCUGUAAGAAACUGUACAGAAGACAACUGUACAUAUUGUAUGGAACUGCUACAUAGAUGGGCUUUUGCCCCUUGUCAUAAAAAAGUUUCACCACAAGACUUUUGUGAAAAAAUGUGGAUCAACAAUACUUAUUUCUGGAAUUAUGAAUGUGAUGCUCUUUCUGCAUAUGUGGCACUGUGCAACAAACAUAAUAUCUGCAUUAAAUGGAGAACAUCAGAUUAUUGUUCCCUCAGUUGUCCUGAUGGGAAAGAAUACAAGCCUUGUGUGCAACCCUGUGCUGCCAAAACAUGCUUAAAUAAAUGGUUCUAUGAAGAAUCACCAUGCUCCUACUUAAGAGAAGACUGUGUCUGCAAAAAUGGAACCAUUCUUCAUAGAACUGAUGCUGACCUUUGCAUUCCAGAACAAAAAUGUGCAUGCACAGAUAACGAAGGGCAGCCCCGCUCUGCUGGAGAGGUCUGGAAUGGCUCCAAUAAAGGUUGCUGCAUGUAUAAAUGCUUGGAGAAUGGGAGUAUUGUUGCUAUACAGCCUGAAUGCAUUGAAGAGCCACCUCCCAUCUGUGAGCGGGAGGGUGAGGCAAUUAUUAAUGUAAUUGAAGAGGGGGCCUGUUGUCCAAAGAAAGUCUGUGAAUGCAACAUGACUCUAUGUGACACUAUUAUUCCAACAUGCAAAAGUGCUGAAAAGCUGGUAGUGGGAUACAGUCCUUCAUCAUGCUGCCCUCAGUACCGAUGUGACUGUGAUCCAUCAGCAUGUCCCAAUGCUUCCCGUCCAGAGUGCAGAGAAGACCAAUUUAUUGUUGAAGCAAAACAGGAGGAUCCUUGCUGUUUUUCAUAUUUGUGUGUUUGUGAAUCCUGUAUUGAACCUAUUCCAUUAUGCAAUGAAGGGGAAAUUCUUACUGUAGAUCUUAGCACUACACAGUACUGUUGUCCUCAUUAUCACUGUGUUUGUGAUGAGAACCUCUGUCCAUUACCAUUUGCGAACUGCUCUGCUGACAUGAAACUUCUGAAGAAGCGAGUGCCUGGGCAGUGCUGCCCAGAUUGGCACUGUGAAUGCAAUUGUGAGAAUGCUACUGUGCCAGCUUGUAAAGUGGGAGAAGUUCAGAGAAUAGACAAUAAUAUUUCAAGUACAUGUGGAUGCACACAGUACACAUGUGAAAAAGAUAAUGUCUGUGUAUUCCAAGAGGUAACAGUGCUGAAUCCUGGUCAGUCUAUGAUUCAAUAUCUGGAUGGAGAUCUUUGUUACACAGUAAAGUGUUCUCAGGACAGAGACCCCAGGACAGGAUUUCAUGCCAUGGAUCUGACAGUAAUCAACUGUUCCCAAAAGUGUGAAGCUCACCAAGUAUAUAUUCCUUCACCUAGUCAACAUUCUUGCUGUGGGUCCUGCAUAAAUGUGUCAUGUACUUUCUACGCUGAGAAUGGAACCUUAGUCAUAUAUGAAGAAGGAGCCACCUGGGACUCUAACUGCACUAAAUAUGAAUGUGCAAAGACUGCUGUAGGUGUUGUAAUUCUUGGAUCCAGUGUUGUUUGCCCACCUUUUAAUGAGACUGAGUGUACAAAGAAUGGAGGCACUGUACAGACAUAUAACGAUGGCUGCUGCAAGACCUGCAAAAGGGAUGAGAAGAUCUGCCAAAAAGUCACAGUAAGAACAACUAUAAGGAAACAUGACUGCGUGAGUCGAAGCCCUAUAAAUGUGGCUUCUUGCGAUGGAAAAUGCCCCUCUGCCACAAUUUUUAAUGUCAACAUUGAUAGCCAUUUGAGAUUCUGUAAAUGCUGUCGUGAAAAUGGAGUGCAGAAUCUAACUGUACCACUCUACUGCUCAGGAAAUGGCACUGAAGUUAUGUAUGUCAUCCCAGAGCCUACAGACUGUUCAUGUCAGUGGAAUUAAGAAUGUGACUAAUUUUGUAGA